AUGCUUCAUGAACUUCUUUUCGCUCUUAAUGGAUGUCCUGGUGAUAUAUACACGUAUUUUGACGGAACCGGAUCCUCCGUAGACCAAAAAAAUCUCCGACUUCUUUCGGAUCGCUUGCCUUUCAUCACUCCUAGCGAGACGCUUCUUGUGUCACAGCUUCUGCUCCUCGCUGAGGACUAUAUUAAGCUCAAAGGUUUCAUCGAACGCUAUAAAAUUCCAAAUGUCAGUCUCUACCUGACUGCUUUGGCACGCGGUCUGGACAAUGUUCUCAGUGAGUAUCGAUCAACCUUGUGUAAUAUCGAGCAAAGUCUCUUAUGUGAUGCAAGCUGUGGCCUUACCUUCAUAUUUUCCAAAGUUUAUUGUUUUAAACCCCUAUUAUCUUCACUGGCUACGCUUCUGGAAAAGGUUAUGCGCCAAACCACACUGGAUGACACAGAAACAUCUCCCAAACAGUGUUUGCUUGACAUAAUCAUACAAGUUGCAAAUAGUAGUUUUCCAUCCUUAAAACCAAUUUUUCGUCAUCUAUCCGCUAGCCAGAUGCGAGUCUUGUACCACCAGCUUUCCGGGUGGCUCCUUUACGGCGUUCUCGAGGACCCUUUUCGGGAAUUCUUCGUGCAACCGGUUAACGGCGGCCGCGAUCUUGAGACAACAGAGUGUAGUCCUAGUGCGGAUCUGUCACCAGACGGAAGGGCUCCUUCAAACACAGCCAAGGGUUCCACAGAUUGCAGUUUUGAGCUGUGUACUCGCAACCUGCCUUCCAUAAUAUCCCCAUCCACAGCGAAUGAUGUGCUUUUUGCUGGCCAAGUCGUCAGUUCUUUCGCCACAAGGGCAGGAGACUCGUCCCUUUCCUCCUGCCCACUUUCUACGUCACUGGGAGAUAAUUUUUCUGAAAAAUUUACUAAACAGAUACAAGAAUCAUUUUGUUCAGCCAUGCCGGAAGACGCUCCGCUUGUGGAUCUUGAUAGUCUGCAGUCGCUGCUCCAUGACGUCUUGCUUUAUAUAUCAGCCCAAGUUCACGAGCGAAUGUUAAAGGAGUACGGUCUUCCACACCAUUUGAAUAUAAUAAGGGAUAUUUUACUGAUGGGCAGAGGGGAACUAUUUUUGGCUUUCUUCGACAACCUUCGUCAGGAAGUAGACAGCGAGUUUAACAUGACCGUCGCUCUGCACAAGAAUUACAGACGAACAGGAAACUACUUGAAUCGCGAUCUGCUCGAUCGACCAACACCAUCGAGUAUGCUCGAAGCACAGGGUCUGAGUCACGCAGUGAACAGGGCUUUUUUCACCGCCGCCAGAGCCGUUGGACUGAAUGACGAAGAACUGGAGAAAAGUUUCAAGUAUGUUCAUUUCGAGGUUGCCCAACACGUUUCAUUUAAAAAGUGCUUAAUUUGA